ACCAGCUGGCCACCUUCCCCUCUUCCUCCCAGGGGGCACCGUGACCUUUGACGUCAGCAAUGACGCCCCCACCAUGAUGGGGGCCAGGGCCACCUUCGCCAUCGCCCUGCGCUUCCCCGGCAACCAGACGGUGCUGCCCGACGGCCGGGUGGUGUGGAGCCAGAACUGCACCGUGAACGGUACCCGGGUGAGACAGGGCGACGCCGUCUUCCCAGAGCAGCUGGACGGGGGCCCCAACGGUGUCUUCCCCGACGGGCAGCCCUUCCCCCGCAGCGCCUGGGGCAAGCGCAGCAAGUUUGUCUACGUGUGGCAGACCUGGGGUGAGAGCCGGCUCCCCUCCCGCCCCCGCUCGCGGCCAGCACCUCCAGGGCUGUCUCCGCUGCCCUGCCCACCUGCAGCAGCAGGCACAGAUGAGGCACAGGGAGCCCUCUGUAAGCCAGGGCUGCAGCAGAAACCUCCACCCCAUUGGCAGGGUUCACCCACAGAGCCCCACGGGCGGUGCUAGCCCCAGGCUGGCUCCCAGCACCCCAUGGACAGGGCCGCCCCCACACAUCCUACAAUAACUCUCAGCAUCUUCCACCCUUGAAAGCCCCCAAUUUUAUCCCAAAACAUCUCCCAGCGUUUCUAGCAUUAGACCAGAUGGGGAAACUGAGGCAUAGAAUGUGAGCCAGUCACACUCGCUGGCGGAACUGGGAAUAUAACCCCGGGUCCUGGGCAGGCAGCCCCAUGGCUCCCCUGCUGCUAUGGGGCAUGAGAGGCAGAGCCUGGUAACCUGCCCUGCCCCCGCCCUUCACUGUAAGUAAGCCCCCUCCCAGAGCUGGGAGUAGAACCCAGGAGUU